AUGGAUCUGAAAGUGGAUCCGGAGGAGAUGGACCCGAACCACGAGCCUCCGUCUCUGGAAGUUUUCGCUCACAGCUCCACUUUACACGGGAUCUCGCACAUCUUCACGUACGAGCGCUUCUGCGUUAAGCGCUGCUUGUGGUUGCUGUUUUUCCUCGGCUCUUUGACAUUUUUACUUUACGUGUGCGUGGACAGGAUUCACUUCUACCUCGAGUAUCCACACGUGACGAAACUGGACGAAAUUACGACUCCGACUAUGACGUUUCCAGCCGUGACUUUCUGUAACCUGAACGCGUUCCGCUUCAGCUCUGUGACGCGCAACGACCUGUACCACGCUGGAGAACUGCUGGCCCUGCUCAACCAGAGAUACGAGAUCCGGGACGUGCACCUUGUGGAGGAGAGUGUGUUGGAGAGUCUGAAGGCCAAAACCGACUUCCACAACUUUAAACCACGUCCCUUCAACAUGAGGGAGUUCUACGACCGCACGGGACACGACAUCAGUGAGAUGCUGCUCGCCUGCCACUUCCACGGGACAGAAUGCCGACCCGAAGACUUCAAAGCGCUCCUGUGGCCUCGUCUCUCGUCGUCUCUGCUCCUGGCGCAGCCGCAAGUCACUGCCAAAGACGCAAUGCCGUCAUCUCAGGCUGGAGUUGGGAAUGUCUGCACAGUCGUCUUCAAAGUGAAACAACACAUACAUACUUUAGAUAUCUGUUCUAAUGUAUUCUGA